GCAACGCAACGCAAAACCAAACCCUUGCCUCGCAAAUCCACCUCACUCUCUCAUCGUCGUCUUCCGCCGCCGCCGCCGCCGCCGCCGCGACGGACGACGAACGAACGCGCCUCGCUGUCCACGCCACAGAUCUCGGCGGGCGGCCUCCUCCCCAGCUGUGACGAACGGAUCUCACCUCCACGACGGAAGAGAAAUGGGCCGCCGGAUUUAAACGCCACGGAACGGGGACACAUUGCUACGAUUUCGCCGACCCCGCGCGACCUUCCCCUCCCUCCCCUAGGGUUCAUGCAGUCGAGGUCUCGCAUUCGCGGCCGCGACCCCCCGCCCUCCUCAGGAGGGCGCUACCGCCGACGAUCCCCCUCCCCGCCGCGCCAUCACCGCCGCCCCCCGUCUCAGCCGCUCAGACGAAGCCCCCGCCGCCACCAGGAGGACAGGCUCCCACCAGACGUCCCCCUCGACCGCCGUUUGCGCGCUGACAUCCUUCUCGAGGCCGGCCGCCUUGCCGCCCACUACCUGGUCGCCCAGGGCGUCAUCCCCGAGCACCGUCUCCGCGCCAGGGAGGACCCAAAGCACAACGACCCCACCUCCCUCCCUGCCGCCGGAUACGCCAGGAAGCGGGACGACACUUGCCAUGACGACGAUCCGAGGUGGCGGCGGAAUGGCGCCGCUGACGACUGGGGCCGCGACAAAGGGGACGAUGACAGGCUACCCCGUAGAUCGGGGUGGGACAGGAGGAGCCACAGCUUUGACGGCAGGCGUAAGUACAACGAUGGCGGUACUGCCAGCGGCGCCGGAGUUGAUCGGGGUGGCCGCCGGACCCAUGAGUACGACGACCAAAGGAGACCAACCAUGUCACGGUCCUAUUCACAAAACGACCGGCGUGUCUCCAGUGACAGCAGACUGGAUCGAAGGAGAAGAAGCAGAAGCAGGAGCAGGAGUAGAAGCAGGAGCAGGAGCAGGAGCAGGAGCAGAACCAGGACAAGGACCUCUAGCUACGGCAGCCGGAGGGAUUCAGAUUGGCGACCAGGAGGCAGCGACUUGGAUCACACCAAGGUGCCACGGCCUGGCAUUGCCCGUGAUGGUGAUGUGGACUACCAUGAUGCCGGUGAUGUGCCAAGAGAUCUGAAGGCAGCACCCCGUUCAGUGGUGGUUGUGGAGAUGAACGAGAGUGCCAACCAAGCUGCAGCCACUGAAGGCACAGAGGUGGAGUCGGAGAUCAUAGGUGUCGAUCAAGAUGUUUGUGGGGAUGAGGAUGGUGAGAAUGCGGCUGAUGCCUUUAAUGAUGCAAAUACUUGUGAAACAAAUGUUGACCAUUACCAACACAAACUGUCCAGUUCCAACAUGGAUGAUGUUGAUCUGGCAGAGUAUGAUGGGGAACCAGUGCAUAGGCAGUCUCAGUUCUGCGAUGCUGAGGGGGGCAUGGAGUCUCCCAUCUCUCCCAGUGAUGCGUGUUUGAUAGAGCCAGUGGCUGAGGAAGUUAGGGACGAAACAAGGGCUCCGCAAAGCGAAGUUGAAACUGAUAUUGCUGACCUUGGCAAAGAUGAACAGGAGCUGCCAGCUUGGUAUGGAAUUUUUGACCUCAAUGUUGUUGAAUCUCAAGAAAACUGUGAAAUGGUUGAGAUUUUCAGUGACGCACCUUCAGAUAAUGGUCGUGACUCUGUACCUGAUUUAGUUGGUCAGAUGAGCCAAAGUGCAAACUGUGUCGGUUCAGGAACUCAAGGUCAAGAUGAACAUGCAGUUGACCACCACCAGUUGGAGGAUGAACAAGUGAUUCUAAAUCAAAGUAUUGGUACACAUGGUUUGAACAAUGAAGAAGGGCUUGGAAAUCAGACAGGUGAUGAACAUGGACAGGAUAGUCACCAGUUGGAGGAUGACCAAAUGCAUGUAAAUCAUGUCAUGGAUGUGCAUGAUUUAGAUAAUGGACUUCUGAACAGUAAAGAAAUGCUUCUAAAGCGGUAUGCAGAUGAACAUGUGGAUCAUGGACAACAGAUGGAAAGUGAAGAAUUGCUUCUGAAUCAGGGGCAGAGCACCUCAGUAGAAGUGUCGGGAAAUUAUCAUGCCAAUGGAGAACAGUCACGUCUCAAUCAUGAUGCUGAUGAACAUUCAGGCAACGAUCACCCAGUAAAGAGUGAACAAAUGCUUCUGGAUCAUGUUAUGGGUGUGCAUGAUUUGAAUAAUUAUGACCUGGACAGUGAGCAAAUGCUUCUAAAUAAUGGCGCAGAUAAACAGCGAGAAGAAUAUAGUGCUCAGUUACAGGAAGGUCAGAUGCUUCUAGACCAGGCUGCAGAUGGGCAGGCUACGCUUCACAAUCAGAGCAUUGGCCGAAUGAUUCCUGUAAUCGAUCUGGAAGACGAUUAUGAAGAGCAGUCUGAUACCAAAGAAUUUAUAGAACCCAAGUAAGCUUUUUUUAAGAUUCUUUUUUGUCGCAAUCUCAAGGGGGAGAGGAAAAUCCUUCACGCCUGAACAUGUUCACUAUACAGAAGUGACACCUUACAUAAACUUACUGAUAAUGCUCUACCAGAACAUAUCUGUUCUCAAGGCCAGCAAACUUCGAGUAUUGACCAUCCUCGGACUAACACCCAGCAGCUGCUUCUUCAUCGGUUACCCCAAACUAGGAAGUAGGUGGACUGGAAGGGGUGCUACUAUUGCACAGGAAAUCCCAGUGAUGAUGAGUUGAUGGCAUGUUGUAUUUUGCCUUCUUUUUUGUGAAAUACCAAUAGAAGUAAUCAUUUUGUGGGACUGCCAUCCUCUGAGCUUGGGAAGUCUUUGUGAACCAUUUUCGUGUCCUCAGCUCCUAAGCUUGGCUUCAGCUUAUUGUUGUCCUGAACCAUGGGAAGCUGGCAUGCUAAAGUUGGUUGAUCGGUCAUUGUUUGUUUGUAUGUUGUGCUGUAGCCUGUAGUAACAAAUUUUGAUCCCCGGAAGGCACAAUUCCACGGUGGGCUAGCGAUGUGUCUUACCGAGAUAUCAGCUGAUAUGAAUAUAUUUGUAGUAGCUGAAUAGCUCAGCUUUUGCUGCUAACGAUAUGAAUCCUGUUCUAACAAUUCUCUGCUACCCUUGUACUCCUGCUGUACUUUGUGAAGUGCAAAAAGGACACUGAAGCUCGGUGUCACCAUGCAGCUCACCAAGCAGAGAUGGUUGCACGGAAUCUAGCAACAGUCACCUGAUCCCACUCCGCCGACCUAACAAGAGAGAUGGAGCAGUAGAUUGCAAAUCGUCUAAAUUCAGACUGCACAACGCGGUGCUUGGUACAAGGCAAUUGGAUAUGGAUGGAUGCUAUUUGGAUGGUAAUGAGCAAUGCACAUCAACAGCAUAUUCUCCUGCUGCACUGCAUACAUCUCUCUGAAAGGAACACGAAGAUAAACAGGGCGUAUGUAUGUGUAUAAUGUACUGUGUGAAGUCUGUUUUGUUGUGUGACAUCGCUGGCACACCGACUGGCAAUGAGCAUGAUAUCUUUGGGGGUUUGGGUACAGGGUUUCACAAGGAAGUUUCUGUUCUGCAAUCUGUAGGAGAGAUGAUGAUG